AUGUCAGCUCGGUCAUGUGAUCAGCUGUGUCCAAUCACAGCUGAUCACUGAUAAUCAGUGUGCCCUGAUGAUCAGUGUGGCCCCAGAAGUGCCACCUGUCAGUGUCCAUCAGUGCCAGCAGUCAGUGAUCAUCAGUGCCACGUGCCAGUGCCCAUCAGUGCCACAUCAAUGCCACAUAUCAGUGCAUACCAGUGCACAUCAAUGCCACAUAUCAGUGCCCAUCUGAGCUGCCUUUCAAUGUCACUCAUCAGUGCCAGUCAGUGCCACCUAUCAGUGCCAGUCAGUGUUGCCUAUCAGUGCGCAUCAGUGCUGCCUAA